UUAAUAUAUAUUUAAAAUAUAUAUAUUUAGCACUCGUAAAAAAAACAAUACAUAAACUUUUAUUGCGUUGACACUAUCUUUCUCCGCUCUCAUCCAAACACCAAUUUCCAAUAGCUAGGGCUGUAUGAAUACAUGAAAUUAAAACAAUUUUAAUGCAGAUUUUGUUUAACAACUGCCAAUGAUGGGGCCUAAAGGUAUUGGCAUAGUUUAGCUGUGCAGAUACUGGUAAACAAAUAAUCAGAGCUCAUAAUACCAACACUGACCACGUGACCGCUUGCCUGUCAGGGGUGACGGACUGAGUUUGUGGGGCAGAGGAAGGGGAAUUAGCUUGAAUGAAAGUCAUGAGGGCAGUAAAUACGAAACAAUGCGCCCCUAUAAUUUACGCUUUACUUCAGCUAAUUAUUUUCUACGCUGGCCUGAACGCAGUAAAGGGAGUGUGGCCGUUACCGCACGCGCUCACUUCGUCGGUGGAACAAUACCCGUUAAAUCCUCAAACUUUUGCCUUUGAUUAUGGGAAACACUCAGCCACACAGCAGGGAUGUUCUCUUCUGGAUGCUGCGUUCAGGAGAUACUUCUUGCUUAUUUUUCCAGACUACACCGCUGAAAAUGGUCAACUGGAAGUAGCUGCAAAUAACUCAUUCAGUCUCUAUAUCAGCACUGAUCACAAUGACUGUGAGAAUUACCCCAAUGACGACUCAUCUGAGAGAUACAAUCUGAGUGUCUCUGCUGGACAAGCAUCCCUGAAUGCAGCAACAGUUUGGGGUAUUUUAAGAGGUCUGGAAACGUUUAGUCAGUUGGUGUAUCAAGAUGAUCUUGGCUCUUAUUUUGUGAAUGAAACGUUCAUCGAAGACUUCCCCCGGUUUCAGUUUCGGGGGGUUUUACUGGACACUUCACGCCAUUAUUUACCAGUGCAUGCCAUUUUAAAAACUCUGGAUGCUAUGUCUUACAGUAAGUUCAAUGUUUUCCAUUGGCACAUCGUUGAUGACCCAUCUUUCCCAUAUCAGAGCCGCUCCUUUCCUGAACUUUCUAAGAAGGGGGCUUUCCAUCCAGCAACACACAUCUACACACAAUCAGACGUGAGGAGAGUGAUCUCAUAUGCCAGGAUGCGGGGCAUAAGAGUCCUUCCAGAGUUUGAUUCACCGGGACACACGGGAUCUUGGGGAAAAGGGCAGUCUCACCUGUUGACUCCUUGCUACAAAGGAGGCGCUCCUUCAGGUACCUUUGGUCCUGUCAAUCCAGCAUUACAGUCCACCUAUCAGUUCAUGGCAUCCUUCUUUAAAGAAGUGACCUCUGUGUUUCCUGACUCAUACAUCCACUUGGGAGGUGAUGAGGUCGACUUUUCCUGUUGGAGAUCUAACCCUCAUGUCCGUGCAUUCAUGCAGAAGAUGGGGUUUGGGGGAGAUUUCCCUAAACUUGAAGCAUUUUACAUUGAAAACAUCGUGAAUAUCACAUCAGCUAAUAACAAGACAUCAAUUGUGUGGCAAGAUGUCUUUGACUACCAUGAAAGGCGCAGUGCUCUGUCAGUGGUGGAGGUUUGGAAACAUGGCUGUUACCUGUGUAAAGUACGGCAGGUGACCAAAGCAGGACUCCGGGUAAUCCUAGCCUCCCCGUGGUAUCUGGACCUACCAGGACCCACGCAUAACUGGGCUCGCUACUACACUGUGUGGCCCCUUGCCUUUCCUGGUUCUGAAAAACAGAAGAGGCUGGUUAUAGGGGGUGAGGUCUGCAUGUGGGGGGAAUAUGUCGACGCCACCAAUCUCUUCCCAAAACUCUGGCCAAGAGCAAGCGCUGCUGCAGAGAGACUGUGGAGUGACGAGAAGCAGACCUCCAGUGUGGAAAAAGCUUUUCCUCGACUGGAAGACUUCCGAUGCAAGCUGCUGAGGCGUGGAAUCCAAGCAGGGCCUCUCAAUGUGGGACAUUGCAAACACGAAUAUCAAAGUGUUUGAAGAUGAACAGAAUUUCACCUUUCGGAGCAUUCAGAUAAUAAAAUACAAUGUUUAGGGAUUUUUAUGAACAUAAAUUAUUGAGUACUGUUUUUUUGCCAUAGAAAUCAAAUGUUCAGGAAGUUACUAUUAACAUACAGAUUUUGUGAUUGACUUUUAACAUUUGGUUGUAAUAUUUGGGAUAUUAAAACAUACAUACUGUAUAUUUUAUGCAGGUGUUUAAAGCAAUGGGAUUGAUAUGUAAUAAGAUUCCAAGAAUGUUUAGAUCAUAUACCUAUCUUGUUGUUUUCUAAUAGGUAAAAAGGUGAAAAACAAAAUGGAAAAUUUGAAGAACAAAAUCAAAACAAACCGGUAAUUGUAUGUAAAAUCCAUAGUAGUAGUGAAGUAAAAUUUAGCAAAUAAUCUGCCUUCUAGUGUGUUUAAUGGUGCAUUUUCCCAAUGUGUGCUUGUUUUUUUAAUUGACUUUUCCCAGUUGAGAAGAAGCCAGUCGAGAAUCGAAAUCGCAAUGUCCAAACUUAAAGAUGGAUUCUAGUUAAACAUGACUUCAAUGUUUAUCACAGUAGUUUUGAAAGCAAUUGGCCAAAAAACAUAACAACAAUGAAAGCAUUUCUUUCACAUUGAUUCUUUGAGCAUUUCUAGGAGCCAAAAACCAGAUUUUCCAUAUGAGUAAUUUUAGCCCUUUUUGACUCUCACAGGGUUGUAGCUUCAUUGUCUUGUUGUUAAAAUAUUCUGAAGGAUCUUAAAAAAAGAACUGUCCUAAAUCCAAAUCUGUGUGUGAAGGACAAACUGUUUUUGCUCAAUCCCUUAAAUGAUCUUUUAAAGCAAAAUCUAUGAUGCCAAGACAGACAAACAAGGCAUUUUGGUCAACACUAUCGAACAAACUGCAAACAAAAGAAAAAUUACCUGAAUAAAAGGCACUUUGGAAAUUAACAAGUGUCUAUUGACUGAAACAAUGAUGCAACAAUAAAACAUGUGCAGCAGUGAUUUUAA